AUGUUGCCCAAGCUUGAGAAGGCAAAGAUAAAUAGGGUUGCUAUGGCUUUGAAAGCAGAACAUGUUGAUUCAGAGACUACAAUACCAGGAUACGGGACACUUGGAGCAAAAAUGAAUGAAGAAUAUGGAGAUACUGUUCCAUCUAAGCCUCAUCAAGUCCCUAAUGGAGUACCUCUUGUAGGUAGUUCAGUAAAACAUGAUGUUCUAGAAGAGGAAAGAGAAGAAAGUGGAACAACAUCUGAGAGCAAAGAAAAAGUUAUUAUUAUGGCCUCUCGUUUAUCUCUUGCUUCAAAGGAACUUUCUUUAGGAGGGCAUGGGUUGAGUGUUGUUCCACCACAAGUAUGGGAAACAAGUGAUAUAACAAAAUUUGAUCUUUCAAGAAACACAAUUGAAGAUCUACCUGUUGAACUUUCUUCAUGUGCUUCUCUCGAGACUUUGGUUUUAUCAAGGAACAAUAUUAAAAUGUGGCCAAGUGCAAUCUUGAAGUCACUUCAACAUCUGGUGUGUUUAAAACUUGACACUAAUCCACUUAAACAGAUUCCAUCAGAUGGGUUUGAAGCUGCUUCCAAGCUUCAGAUAUUGGAUUUAAGUGGUAAUGUAGGUUGUUUACCUGAAUACCCUGCAUUUUCUUCAUUGCUGAGGAUGCAGAUUCCAGAAGUGAAAGUGGAUAUAAUAAGUUUACCUAAAUUAAGGAUUCGUGAUACGAGUCAAAAUUCCAUUGAAACGAUUCUAGAGGGUUUUAAAAAUGCGACAUCUCUUCAGGAGCUUCGGUUUUCAGACAAUAACCUAAGUGCACUUCCUGCUGAACUGGGUUUACUGGAGCCCACUCUUCAAGUGCUACAGCUUGAUGGAAACCCUUUAAGAAGUAUUCCAAGAACGAUUCUUGAUCGAGGAACCAAAGCUAUAUUGAGCUACCUCAAAGACAGAUCAUUGCAAGAAUCCACUCAAAUAAUCAUGCUGUGA